GGUAUCUGUUUGACAAAGUUUUGUCUGAAAUGCAAAGAGGGAAUUGCUGGAGGAUGGACCUCGAUCAAGUCCUUCCUCAACGAUUUAUGCCAAUUUCUUCGUAAAUACAAGACCUCAAUGCAAACCGCUUUAUUGCUUCUUUUCAUCUUUUUCUUUGUGACACUUUACAAGAUCCAAUACAAAACAGGUAUCGAGAUCAUUCCCUUUCUGCCAAUUGAUGUCAGUGGAUUUGAUCAAUACAAUGAGAAUCUUUUGGUCGAUAUCGAUGUCUCAGAGUCGGCGUUGAGCCAGCAAAAGAAAGGAUUUCUUUUCUGUUGGGUGAUGACCGCUCCGAUUCAUCACACAUCAAGAGUGAAAGCCGUCAAUUCAACCUGGUUACCCAAAUGUGAUGCUGGUCAUUUUUACACUACAAUGGGCAUCAUCUCUCGCAAAAAAUUCCUUUUCAUACAAUAUUCAAUGCUUUACCCGAUAGUUACUUUAAAUUAUUUUGGAAAACACGUUUGGCUCUUCUUUAUUCAUAUAAACAUGUAUCAAAAGAAUUUGAUUGGUAUUUUAAAGGUGAUGAUGAUACUUAUGUCGUUGUGGAUACUU